AUGGAUAGAUUUCAAGGUGUGGAUAAUGCUUUUGAAAAUUUAGUUCGAAGAUGGGCUCCUUUAGUUUUUUUAGCACCUGGAGAACAAUUUUUUCCCAGUAGCGUCACUGAAUUUUUAGAUCACAUAAUUGCAAUACCUGAAAAAUAUCAGGGAAGUAGCGUGUAUGAAAAUCCUUAUCCAGAAUCGAGAGAAAUUGCUGUCGAUGACCUUCCAAAAGGUCACUUAUCAGAAACUUGGUUUUUGACAACAACAGAAGACGUUGAUUCUCUCCUAAGGAAUUCAUCUUCGUUUAUAUACGGGCGAAAUCCUCAAAAAUAUUCCGUACCUGUUUACGCUUUGAUUGAAGUCUGUCAACCAACUCAAAAAAAUUUUUUUAAUUUUAAUAAUAAUUUAACAAAAAAUGAAAAAAUUAAGAAAAAUUCAAAUAUAAAUUUUCACGUAACCUAUUGGAUGUUUUAUCCUUUUAGUCAAGGAAAAGCCAUAUGUACGUUUAAUAUGGGACGUUUUGGUGCCUGGCCUAUACCUAGGGUUAACGACAUUUGUUUGGGUGAUAUAAAAGUAUUUGGAAAUCACGUUGGAGAUUGGGAACACAUAAGUUUAUAUUUUGAAGGUUCUGAAUUUCCAAAAAAAAUGUACGUAUCGACACAUGAUGUCGGUGCCUUUUACACGUAUUCUAAAACAUAUAAUCAUUUCAAGUUUGAAAAAAGAGAAAUUCGUAAAGGUAUUUUACAACGUCCUAUGUUUCCUCCAAUCAUGAGACUGAUGGCUCCGGAUCAAAGACCUGUUUUGUUUUCGGCAAAAGGUUCCCACGGAUUGUGGACGGGUCCUGGUAGGCAUCGAUUUGUACGAAUUCCACGUCUCUACGACGACAGCGGAUUCGGCGUCCCUUGGAAAACGUGGGAAAAUUUAAAACUUCUUAAAUCUCAUUCUUACACUCAGCGUAACUGGUUAAAAUAUAGAGGAAAAUGGGGAAAUCAAAAAACUCGUUGUCAUCCAUUUUCUAAAUUAGGCAUCAACAUAUGUGAAAUAACAGAUGGUCCAACGGGGAUUCCCCUUAAAAAAAUGAACUUUCAAUGCGCUUCAAAACCAAAGAAAAUCACACAAAGAAAUAUUAGACACUAG